UCGCUGCCGCCUCAGGCGCCGCGGUGCCGGGCUCGGUGCAUUUGGCGCUGAGCGUCCUGCACGCCCUGCUCUACGCCGCGCUCUUCGCCUUUGCCUACCUGCAGCUGUGGCGGCUGCUCCUGUACCGCGAACGGCGGCUGAGUUACCAGAGCCUCUCUCUCUUCCUCUGUCUCCUGUGGGCAGCGCUCAGGACCACCCUCUUCUCCGCUGCCUUCUCGCUCAGCGGCUCCCUGCCCCUGCUCCGGCCGCCUGCUCACCUGCACUUCUUCCCCCACUGGCUGCUCUACUGCUUCCCCUCCUGUCUCCAGUUCUCCACACUCUGUCUCCUCAACCUCUACCUGGCGGAGGUUAUAUGUAAAGUGAGAUGUGCCACUGAACUUGACAAACACAAGAUUCUAUUGCAUUUGGGCUUUAUGUUGGCAAGCCUUCUCUUUUUAGUGGUGAACUUGACUUGUGCAAUGCUAGUCUAUGGAGAUGUCCCAGAAAAUCAGUUGAAAUGGACUGUGUUUGUUCGAGCAUUAAUUAAUGAUAGCCUGUUUAUUCUUUGUGCCAUCUCUUUAGUUAGUUACAUAUGCAAAAUUACAAAAAUGUCAUCAGCAAAUGUCUACCUCGAAUCAAAGGGUAUGUCUCUGUGCCAGACUGUUGUUGUAGGCUCUGUAGUCAUUCUUCUUUAUUCUUCAAGAGCAUGUUAUAAUUUGGUGGUGAUCACCAUAUCUCAGGAUACAUUAGAAAGUCCAUUUAAUUAUGGCUGGGAUAAUCUUUCAGCUAAGGCUCAUGUAGAAGACAUAAGUGGAGAAGAGUAUAUAGUAUUUGGAAUGGUCCUCUUUCUGUGGGAACACGUGCCAGCAUGGUCGGUGGUACUGUUUUUCCGGGCACAGAGAUUAAACCAGAAUUUGGCACCUGCUGGCAUGAUAAAUAGUCACAGUUAUAGUUCCAGAGCUUACUUUUUCGACAAUCCAAGACGAUAUGAUAGUGAUGAUGACCUGCCAAGACUGGGAAAUUCAAGAGAAGGAAGUUUAUCAAAUUCACAAGGUUUGGGCUGGUAUGGCACCAUGACGGGGUGUGGCAGCAACAGUUAUACAGUCUCUCCCCACCUGAAUGGACCUCUCACAGAUACUGCUCCUUUGCUCUUUACUUGUAGUAAUUUAGAUUUGAACAAUCACCAUAGCUUAUAUGUAACACCACAAAACUGACAGCAUUGCCAAGUGGUGAUUCUUCAGUUGUUUUUCAUGAAUGUGUAUAUUCAAUGCGUUUAAAUUCCAUCUACAUAAACAUUCCAUUAUCUGUUGCAACUGAAAACAACGCCUGGAAAUGUGGCUGUGUUCAGCAGAGGAUAUGGCUAUUACUUUUGACCUCUUCACAGUAAAGUGAAGUAAAAUGGAAAGUUUGGAGUGUGAGAAAAGAGAGAUUAGACCUUACGGCACUUGAUGGCCUCCAGACAUCUUGACUUUGGAAUAUCAAAUGCAUAUUUGCCUAUUUGCACUUUUAUCUUUGUUCUUAAAGAGUACACUGUAGUCCCCAAAGUCAUACUUCAGUGUUCACACUGGGAUGUUGUUGUACACCAAAUUAGGAGGUAAUUUUUCUAUUAAAAUCAAAGCCUGAAUAUUCAGUGGUGUACUCUAUGUGGAAUUCUUACCCAAUAAAAAUUUUACAGAGUGAACAGUGCACAGAAUUAAGGCAUAAAAAUGUAUUAUUCUUUUUAAAAAUCUACUAAAAAUAUAUAAUCAUUGAAUAUAGUUCUUUUAAGCAUGAUUGUAAAUACCAACUAAAAUUAUUCAAACAAUCACAUUUUUAAAUGAUAGUAGUAAACCUUUACCAUGAUGACCAGCAGUGUUCUUUGGAAAGCCACAGUCAUUUCUUCAAGAAGAAAGUAGACCAGUGAAAAUUAUGUGGCUACUUUGAAUAGAAUUGGUUAAGUGAUUAUUUUGUAUGAUUAAGAUAUGUGUAGUAGUUUAAGCAUGAUUCUUCAAGAAAGCAAUAGUGAUUUUUGCAUAGGGAGAUAUUGGUAGAAACUUCUUGGGACUAAACAAGUUUAUAGAUGCAUUUAAGAAUUAUUCAUAAAAUAUACAAUUCUAAAUUAAAACAUGAAUACAAUUUCAAAAACAUUUGAUUUAGUUGAAACAAGAUAUAACUGAUUUUACCUAAAAAAUCAGGAUUGUCCUCAGGUAAAUUUAAUCAUGAUACAUUAUUGCAGUGAACUCAAGUGCAAUAUUUUGUAAAGCAUAAGUCCUUCUUUAGUUUUCACAUUGUUAUAUAUUGUAUAUGGGCAAGGCCAAAUUAAAUUUAAUUCAAAUUCCAGCACUAGACUAAAUAAGCAAACUCAUGUGAAGGUACUAACUAGGUAAGUAUAAAACCAGUGGUUAACGAUAUUUGAAUACUGUUAGAAUUCCAUUAAAACUACCUUGAAUGUCCUGCUCCAAAUCUAAAAAAAUAUAUAGUAGGCCAAGAUAAUAGAGAAUUUUAAAAUGCACUUUCUAUCAGUGUCUAUAUGGAAAGGAGAUGCUGAAUACCUCAAGAUGCCAAGGGAACAGGCAACACUGGGAAGUCGUCACAACAUGCCUAAUUAAAGAAAGAUGCCUAACUUUAUACAAUUGUCUGCUGAUCUAUUUCUUCAGAACUGGAACUAAUACAACUGUCUUUUCUGUUGUCUACUUUGCUUGGAAAGUAGUAUUUUAUUUCUACUCUUACUUAAAAUACCUUUAAACUUUUUAAUAAUGGAUGCAGUAACUUCACAAAAGUAUAACGUAGGUGAAACCCCAAGGAAUAAUUAAAUUUUCAAUGCUUUCGAUCUUUUGGGAGGCUGGUGUGCAGCCAAUUAAAUUUCUUCCUUUUAUCAUACAAAAUGACUUUGAAUUCAAUCAGAAGCAUAAACCUAUAGUUAAAAUGUUACUUUGUUUGUUUGUAAGUUCUCUCAUUAUAACCAAACUAUUUAAAAAUUUAUAAUACAGAAGUUAACUUUGUAUUUACGUGACAACAUAAUGUGCAGUUAACUGAGUAUAUUAUAUCUAAUAACUUCAGUUAUUAGAUUACUUUUAAGAAUACCAACUAUUUUCCUAAUAAUGUUAGGUAGCUAAUUAUCUAGAGAUAUCUGAAGAGAUCUGUGUUGUCUUUGUUAAUCCUCAGGGUUCAAAGUAAAUAAAGUAAAUUUUUUUCUAGUAAAACGUCUCUAGAUAAUGUUCCUAUUUGACCAGAUAAGCAAAGACUACUUUUUAAAAAAUAUAUCAGAUAAAGCAACUUGGUUCUUUCAGCUGCAUCAGUUGAUUCUUCCAAAUUUGAGAUCUAUAACUUUACUCUUACCACUGACUAGGGUACCUGAAUUCUUGCAUUUGUCUCUUUAUAUACAUCUCCCACAAUGUAUCACCAAAGACAAAGGUAAGCUUCUGGCCCAAUUUUUGCUUAAAAAUUCCAAAGCACUAGGAGCACUUUAAGUUUGGUCUCGAAAGAAGGAGUUGCUUAUAAAAUCAAAGGGCUACCGAUCCCCUGUUCAUCCUGCACUGAAGCACAUGACGACAAUUUCAAACCUUCCUUUUCAGUUCCUUAGAACAGUGCAUUUCAUUGCUUAAGUGUGUAAUUUCUACAGUGAUUAGCAGUACUUGUUUUUAUCAUUUCAUUUGGGUGGCCAUUAAUUUUGAAACUCUUACCACUCAUUAUAGCUGGUCGUAGUUUUAUGAAAGGUGUAAUUUAUAGCUAGUGGCUUUUUAAUGCAUAGCUCCCUUUUUUUUUAUUGUUUAAUGGUGUUUCUCAGCUAUAUAAUCAGUUUCAAACUGGUUGUAAAAGUAUAGCUGUGGGCAAUGAAUGUAUUUACUUGUUGUUUCACUAAAUUGUAACAAAACACUACUGUUAAAAAUAAAAGUGUUUGUGCUUUUA